AUAUUUGCAUGGUUGGAUCACGACAUCAAUUCUUGUAUUUCUGUUAUCUUGAAUCCAGAAGAAAUCCAGGCUUUCAAUGCCACCACCGAUGGACGCCUUGGAUAGCUACCGGGAAGCAUACGAGCCACAGGAGCAAUGGAUCUUGCGGCGAUCAUUUCUUGAACGUAACUGGGACGAUUUUCCGCCGGAACGGCGGACGCGUCUUCUUGCGCUUGCUCAGUGUUUUCAGAAUAUGCAUAUUCUUGGGUGUUCGUAUUCGGCCCGUGUCAUGGACGAGGUUAACCGCAUGUCCGUAGGACUCGUUGAGGAAAAGGAAAAGACGAAGGGUCUACCGUUUGCAAAGAUAAACUUUGUUAAGGCUGCGCCACUAAGCGUCAAUGACGCAACUUCACCGUUGGACGCCGAGGACGACGAUGAUAGCAACGAAGAAGAUUUAUGUGAGGAUGAAGUAGAGAAAACGAUCCAAAAAUCAAAUAAGACUCAGGGACUGAGUGUCAAAAAUAACAACAUUUCACAGCGUUUAAAAGAGAGUGACGACGAUAAUGACAGUGAAGAUGAUAGACCCAAGUUAGGCUUUGGGAUUAGCGCCAUUCCAAGAUCCAAGGACGAUGCGUGGAAUCAUAACGUUCCUGCCACUAGUGAUAUGCAUUCGAAUCCUAAGAGCUUUGUUUUUGGGAAGACAACUUAUGAGAGGAAGCUGGGCUUCGUUAAGUCCGCGUCACAAGAGCAGUUAGCUGGAGGCGAAUUUCAGUUUGGUGUUCCCUUCAAGUCCAUUCUCUCUGCCUCAAAGAAAGCGGGAGAUUUCGUCUUCGGAAAUAAGGACCCGUCAGUUGACAACAGUAAUGCGUCCGCUUCGACCCAAAACACUUUCCAGUUUGGUACAGGAAAAAAGGAUUAUGCCAUACGCCUGGGCUUCGUUAAGUCGAGUACGGUAGGCGAGCGAAGAAAGUCAGAUGAUCUGAAUAGACACAUGGAAUCAACAUCAUUAGACGAAGGACCUGGCCGGAAAAGUCCUAGAUGGGAAAGAAAUUUUCCUAUGCCAUUCAAUGCUCAGCUUUCACUGCUAAACGAUCUUAGGAUGCAGCUGAAGGAGGUUCGGCCUUCGCUUCGCAAGGCCCGCGUGGAGUUUGUGAUGCUGCAAGUAAACAUGGCCGUUACGGCGUCAGGGUGGAAACUCGAAAUCACGAAUGGAAAGCAGACAGUUGUUAAGCUUCACGGAGUACAAAUUGCCUCUGGCUUAGAUGAACCAUCGGCAUAUGAGAAUUUCAUUGAAAAAGUGUUUGACCCCCGACAGUGGAGAAUCACGCAACGAGACAUCGACCUUGUCUUGGAAGUUGGUCUUUCAGUGACGAACACGCUUGGCCAAGACAAAAUAUGUAGACAGAGUUUAAAUGAAGCAGGAAGUUCGCAGGCAGGUGCAUGGCUGCCAUCAGUAAAUACCCGUCAUGUAUACAGCCAAAUCAUUAGAAACCUUAUUGAGGUGCGAAAUACAAUUUGGACGCCCAAUUUCAAAAGUAAAGUAGCAAUGUUCGGAGGUGCUUCAGCUGAUGUACAAUCUGCUCUCAAUAUGGCAUUCCAGUUGACAAAGUUAAAACCAGUUCGGGACGCGAUAGUUCCGGGGACUUUCCUUAAGCCCGAAUUUAACACUUUCAACCAAACCACCACAUGUCUUUUAACUUUCCAUGGCGUAAUUUUAGCAGAAGCAGUCGGCAAAUCAAAGAAUCACGCCAAGCUCACCACAGCGAAAAAACUUUAUGAGAUCCUUGAAAGUCGAAUGAAGUUCGAAAUUAUUGAAAGAGAUGGUCGAAACUGGUUGAAAACAUCUGGCAGCGGUCAACAGGACCGGCGAGCUCAGGCUCUUCCUGAGCAGGGAAUGCCUGUGAUAAAUGCAACGAUCAGAUCGGAGUACAGAGACUUGUUCCUUAUACGACCUGCCAGAGCCAGCGCGGAUCUGCAAGCCCUUAUAGCAAUAUUCGCGUCAGCCAACGGACUGGCUCUGAGUUUUGAGUCUGAUGCUAUGAUCAGAAAGGGGGUAACUGUACAGAUUUGUCGACUUACUCUGCCUACAGAAUCCCCGCUUAAAUUCGAGGGAAGUGGUGAAACGAAGCAAGUCGCUAGGCGUGCUUGCAUUCGAGCGGCCCUCGAAGAACUAAUUCGUAAUUGCUUCACUAUAGAUAUCAAGCAAGCAAUAGCUGAAGGCGCUCAGGAGUUUAACAAAGACACGAUGGCACUUGACCUCGAAAGUCAAGCCGUCCAGGAAGACUUGGGCCGUCAACUCGAUGAAGACAACGUAGGUUAUCGGCUACUACGGAACAUGGGUUGGCAGGGAGGCGGCCUCGGCCAUGGUACAGGUCUUAUCGAGCCUGUCAUGCUUAAAGAUAGCGCUGGCGGGCGAGGUCUUGGCUACGAGGGUGCAAGCGCUGUGAGCAAACGCUUCAAGACCCAUGUUGCGUCCACUCUCAGAGUCUUUUUGCGUGAAACCGACGUCUUUGAUGAGCUGAAAUUCAGCCCGUCAUUCUCCAGCGUGGAGAGAAAAGAGAUACAUACAAUUGCAAGAAGACUUGGAUUAAAGAGCAAAAGUCAGAAUCGGCCUGAGGGUCGAGUGCUUUGCAUAUCGCAUAAUACUGAUUGGCGAAUGAUUCUCAAUCGUCUAAAACAAACCGGGAGUUUAGGAAAAUAUGCAUUGCUUCCACCGAAUUCGUGGACUCCCCCCACAUCUUGAACACAAGUUAGCGGUAUAGUUAACUGCGAUAUAGUGAGACUAAACCCUUUCCGCAGUCGUUUUCGUGAAAAAAUCUUCAUUGGAAUUGCAAUUAUUGCUCAGAAUGUUGACGUUUUACGAGUUCAUGGCGACCUUGAUUGGCUCCGCCCGCUAGAAAGGGUACAUCGUACAAAAACCUUUUUUUCCUGACGAUGCAGCUAUAUAACCGAUCGUGAAGGAUCUUUCGUCUGUUCAUUCGUCCACCUAAUGACAGGAUUAGCACUUGCCGUGGGUUAGGAGUGUUAUCCCGAAUGAAGGAAGUGCUAUCCUCGAAGCAGCCGUGGCACUUUUGAAAACAAGAAACUGUACUUGUUUUGCGCUCCAAUUUCAGGAAGAAUCUCUCAUAGAAAUGGUGACCAUCAUGGAAUGCGUACAAUUAAAAAGUCCACGAGUGGAAGGCUUUGAUGGUGUUCUCGACUGCAUUAAAAAGGACAAUACACCAAGAUAGCACGACCUGCUAAUGGGGUUUAUGGUGAUACUCGUAACUUUUCGUAAUCUUGACACUUGUUGCCGACGUGUUUAGCCAGAGACAAAAAGCAGAAUUUCGGCUAAGCCGCCUCUACUUUGGUAUAUUGGCAUAUACGAAAAUAAAAUUAAUUAAUGCAAUAUUAAUCCUAUUGAAAAUGCGCGAUUAACCCUAUUAAACAAAACACACUGUCCUCCACAUUUAUAGUGACCCUGAUAGUUUCCUAUGAUUACUGAAAAAUGGACGAAACAAUACGACCAAAUCAUAGUGUAGAUUCCGGCAUCUAUGUCACGUUAUAGCAAAUUAGAACGUAAAAACUUCAUAGGAACAACGGGCAUCGAAAACCAACGUCGUCGACUCUGUAUGAGUGUGUGUGUGAAUGUGUAUAGUGUGUGUAUGUGCAGCAUUUGUACUAUAAGAUCAGUUGAAUGUAUAAAUAUUAAGUUAAACGCAAAAGAGCAAUGUAUGUUUAAAUCUACACAGUACUGUUAGAAUGAGGUCCUAAAUUACAAAACUGUUUCAUUUUUAAUUAAGAAAAAAAGACAACAAUACGUGCUAUUACGAUCUAUCUCAUGACCCAAAUAGCCUUCAGUAAUACUACGAGGGACUUCUGUAAAUGGUCGCAUAAAAAUAGUUAAAUUUCUUACAAGGCUAUACACUCGUUGUGUUCUUAGAACUUGCUAUUCCCAUCUCGAUAUUAAUAUCACCUUAAAAAUAGCUCAUAGAUGUCUUUAAUACAUAACUUUUAAUACUUACUUUUAAGCGUAUGUAAAUUGAUGAUAAAUUUCGGUUAUUGAGACAAACACGUAGCAACUUUAUCUCAGAAUAUGAAUAUAUAACCAAGGUGACACUGUGUGUGUGAGUGAGUGAGGUUCUAUGGCAAAAUAUCUAUAAUUGAAGCAAUAGUAACCAACUAUAAAACUACACUGCUAUUCCCCUAAAUGUCUUCCUCUAUUCGCAUGACUAUUAUAGCCGCAUG